AUGCGGGAUAUUUGUAGCUGCCAGCUGCAGCCUUCGGAAGCGGCUCCGGAUGAUUUUGCCACUAAAAAAGUUGAAAGUUUUGAAGAAGCCGAAAGUGCUUGUGUAAUGCAAGGCUCAAUGUCUUACGAAUCCCAUUUACUAUCAAUUAGUAACAAGAACGAACAUGCCAUUUUAACAGAAUUAAUUACUGGAAGUAUACUUGGGAAAGCUCUUCUUGGAUUGCACAAAAAAGUUGAAGGUGCUGUGGAGUUUACAGAUGGUUCUGACGUUAAUUACGUUAGAAAGAACCUUCAGAUUUUCAAAGAUGACUGUUUCUACAUUGCUUCCAAAACAGGCAAUCUGUCCAACUCCGCUUGUGAGUCUGGAGUUCAGGACGUCUUCUGUCAAGCAAGACCGAGGGGUAACUAUGAGGAAGAAUCUCCCAAAACGUAUGGAUGCACAAGUAAUAAAUGUCAGAGAUUGUGGGAGAGCAUAGAGGAGAAGUUAAGCGUUCUAGAUAUUGUAAGAAGUAGACGACAGGCAGAAAAAUCGAAGGAAAAACUGAAAGAAUCUAUCAAUUUAGCUUCAUUUCAGAAUGCAGUUAUCCAAAUAUCUUUGUUGGAAAAUGUGUUAGGAGGCCACUGUAGUUGCACUGGUAAUGAGGAAAGCGAUGACUUUCGUGGAGGAGAAGCUUUGCUGGGGAUUAUUGUGGGGAUAUUUGGUGUUGGUAUUUUAAUGAUCUUGCGAGUAGCUAAGACAACAGUCAGAAAAUUAAGACCUACAUAUGACAUCGUAUCGACAAGAGCAUAUUACAGCAAAACAGGGAGCGGUGAGGAAUAUUACAGUAGAGUAUCAAGACAAUUUGAUGAUGCUCCUAUAUACACAAUGUAA